AUGACCGAGCAACUUCCUACCCCGCAGAGCGAACGUGACCCCGCUACGACAGCAGACGCGAAGGAAACCCGCGACGAGGACAGAGAACACCACAAGCCGCGAGACAGCAAAGGCUGGGACGGAAAGCUAAGGCUAGAUAAAAUGGCAAUAGGCGACAGUCCACGAGAUCCCACCGUACAAGUGGAGAGUGAACCUGAGAUAUCAGACGAAGCACCACCACCAGAACAGCUUGCAGCAGACGAAGACCUGUUGGAUGACACGCCAGAAGAUGAAGACGAAAUUGAGCUGGUCCACUGCAAGGUUUCAGACAUGGAUAUGCUGCGAUUGGAGAGGUUCAAGCAGAUGAAGCGUCUCUGCCUGCGCCAAAACCGGAUAGAAUCCAUCUCCAUACCCGACACGGCCGCCUCGACCCUCACAGAGAUCGAUCUCUACGAUAACCUAAUAGGUCACAUCAAGGGCCUCGACGCCUUUACCGAACUCACAUCGCUCGACCUCUCCUUCAACAAGAUCAAGCACAUCAAGCGACUAAACCACCUGAAGAAGCUCAAGGACCUUUACUUCGUGCAGAACAAGAUAAGCACAAUUGAAAACCUCGAAGGCCUUACGAAUCUGAGGCAGAUCGAGCUUGGAGCGAACAGAGUACGCGAGAUUGAGGGUCUGGAGACGUUGACGGGGCUCGAGGAGUUGUGGCUAGGAAAGAACAAGAUCACAGAAAUCAAGGGUCUAGAUACUCUUGCCAACCUGAAAAUCCUAAGCAUACAGUCGAACCGACUAAGGUCGAUAACCGGCCUGGACAAAUUAGGCAACCUUGAAGAACUGCACAUCUCGCACAACCUCAUCACCGAGCUAUCUGGCCUCGAACAUAGCACCAAUCUUCGCGUCAUCGACAUCAGCGCGAAUCCUGUCGAGCAUCUUACUGGGCUGAAAGGGCUUAAACAUUUGACCGAGUUCUGGGCGUCGAAUUGCAAGUUCAGCGACUUCAACGAGAUCGAGAAGGAAUUAAGAGACAAGGAAGAGUUGGAGACGGUCUACUUUGAAGGUAACCCGCUUCAACGGGCGCAACCAGCACUGUACCGCAACAAAGUCCGCUUGGCCUUGCCCCAGGUAGUGCAAAUCGAUGCCACUUUCGUCAAACAAGUCUAG